CUUCUCUUUUCCCCAACCGCCGAAUUUCUCGCUAAAAGCCUAAAACCUCAAGAAAAACAACACAAAGUCUUUCUUCGCCACCACAUUGGAGGAACAAAACCAUGUCGGCCGCAAUAAAAGAUGGACUCAAAAUCCACCUCCAACGCCACUCCUCCGUUCGCAAUGUAUGGACGAGUCGCCGGAACUCGAUCACGGACCCGAUUGCAACCUCAAAUGGUUUUGCUAAUCAACUUGCUCAUCAACUCCGACAAUCCAAAUCGUGUUCGCGUUAUCCUCAAUCUAUAUUCCGGAGAACCAAAGAGGUCGAGAUUUCGCCGACCAGUGUAAUGUCUUCACCUUCAAAAUUUGGACCAGUGAGCUGGUACCUGAGCAUGAUAAAGUCCCGCCCUAUUGUAACCAAAAGUAUUACCUCUGCCCUCAUUUAUUCCGCCGCUGAUUUUUCUUCACAGAGUAUUGUGGAGAAAUCUUCAGAAGGGUACGAUUAUGUGAGGACGUUGCGAAUGGCUGGUUAUGGGAUGAUAAUAUUAGGACCUUCAUUGCACUAUUGGUUUAAUUUUGUGUCGAGAGUUUUCCCAAAGCGUGAUCUCCCGUCAACAUUUAAAAAAAUGGCUUUGGGGCAAACAGUAUAUGGGCCUACAAUGACUUCUAUUUUCUUCUCAGUUAAUGCAGCUUUACAAGGUGAAACUGGUUCUGAGAUUGUUGCUCGAUUGAAGCGAGAUUUGGUUCCUACCAUACUUAGUGGUAUUAUGUACUGGCCUGGGUGUGAUUUUGUGACAUUUAAAUUCAUCCCUGUUAAUUUACAGCCACUAGUGAGCAACGGAUUUUCAUAUCUGUGGACAGUAUACAUGACAUAUAUGGCCAGUUUAGAGAAAGUUAGCACGGUCUGAAUGCAUCUUCUCACCAUCUUCCCCUAUGAAUUCUCCCACCUUAUUGUUCCACGUGGGCAAUUACAUGGGAUCUCUUAGUAAUGCAAGAAGCAGAAGCCACGGGCUGCAGAAUUAUUGGCUAGUAUCCUUUCAACAAGAAGAUUAAUUUGCAAUCUUUUAAGUUCUUUGCAGAAACUACUAGGUGAAGGCUACAUGUGUUACAUCAGGUGGCUGGUUAUUUGUAACCCUCGUUAGUUCUCAUCAUUUUGUUGUAUUUUGUUUAUUUUUCAAAGCUCCAUAUCGACAUCCUCCUCCCUCUGGGUUGGCUGGUACGUGAAUACAUUCACCCGCUUUUGAGGUCUUAAUGUUUUACCUUUUUGUGAAUACUUCUCUCUCGUGUUCAAAGGCUUUAUAUCUCCCUCUUAAGUGAGCUUUGCAAUUGGU